UUCUUCGGAGAGCGCACGUUUCCAUCCGGCCUUUCAGAUUGUCACACUUUCUCGGUACAUUAUGAUGUCAUUCCGAUUAUCACCACUCUAACCUCUCUCUAGCAAAGCGAUAGCUUGUGUAUCGGGAUUUAUAAGAAUCUCAGUCUAGCUGGUCGGGCGGCUUUCGUACGACGCAGAAGGUGCCGUUGUUUUGUUUUGCUCGGCGAGGAUAUAGUGAAAAGGUACUAUAAUUAACUCGUCCUUCUGAAAAAAUAACAGGAAGCAUCUGCUGUGCGCGAAAGUGUUAAGUGAGAUCAUAAACAUGCUCCAAUUUAAAUCAAGUGGAGCAUUCUAAGCACGUUCAAAACAAAACAGUGCCAUUAUUUAAAACGCAACUUGACUGUCAUGCCAAAUGCGAGAGGAUCCAAGGCGUACGCGAUAAUUCCGUAACUAAAAAACCCCGUCAGCCUCCCCACGGCUGACAUGUUUCGAUAGUUUGCCCGUCCCUGAAAAGCACCAGGCUGGCGGGCACGGAACUCACCCUUGAAAAUGGCGGCGACAAGAGCUGUCUCACCACCUACAUUUUUAAUCCCGUCGACACGUGCACAGGCACACCCAGCCCGGAGAAGUUCCCCGUGAGGACUCCGGACGGGGAGAUCAAGUUCGCCUCGCGAGAGGAUGUCGUCCACAACGCCAUCGAGACGCAUAUGCACCCCAACUUCCUGUACGGGAAGAUCCUGCCCGACGGGAGGCCGAAUUUUUUAACUGACUAUGAGUUGAGUUACAGGAACUGUAAUUUCGGUGCUGCCGAUCAUUCGAAGUGUUGUGUGGGCGGUCACUUUGGCAGGGACUUGAGUUUCGGUCAUUUAUAUACGAUAAGUAGAAGUGAUAAGGAAGAAAGGACUUACGAUGAGCCCUACACAGGCGAUUUACCUAGAAGGUCGUGGUUGUGUUGUCCUGGAUCGCAGCACCAUGUCGAAUGCGAGCAGCCGCCCCUCCUGGAAACCGCAAGCAAGUCGCCGUCGACACCGUCGGAAGCCAUCACCAAAGCACCUAGUCACAAUAAUAUCUGCUCUGGGACAUGCGAAAGGCUUCAGCAACAACUGGACGAACAGGCUCAGCGCUACGAGGAACAGCUGACGGAGCUGCACUCCGUCAUUGCCGAACUUACACGCAAAUUACAUCAGCAGCGAACUAUGGCGAUAGCGGAGGAAGACGAGGUGUCAGAGUCAUGUACAAGUGCCCAUGAAGAAUCAGUAACUUGCCCACUAGAAGUGAGCGAAUUAGAGCCUUUAGAAAAUGAAUUAUCUGACUUGGAUAAUAAAAUACCUUCAUCAGAGAGUCCUAUAGAGUUACCUGAACCAAAACUCACAUCUUCACAUCAUGAGAAUAAUGAGCUCUCACCAUUUUCUGAAGUUGUCGAGCCUUUAAAAAAUGAAAUAACCAGCCUAAAACAUCAGUUGCAUGAAGCUCAUACAAGGCUAGCACAGAUUGCUCUUUCCAAAAUUGAAGAAACUGCAGAUGAGGAAACCAUUACAGAUAGCAAAAAUAUAGAAUCACCCGAAUCUCAUAUAGAGAUUGACUGUGAGUCGAAAAGUUAUCAUGAAGAGAAAGUAGAUAUAAAAUAUAGUAAUAUAGUACCUAUACAUAGGACUAAUGUUAAAAACAACGCUAACGCGACAUUUGCUAGUGCGCCAGUAACAAAGGUAGCUGAAAGGAUAAAAUUAAAAAGGGCAACAGACGGGCAGAGGGACAUUACUCCUAAUGACUUAAUAAACUCAGAUUUGCCCACUGCUGUUGCCGAACACAUAGUUGGAGAUAUUCUACGACAGUGUGAUUUACAAGCGGAAAAGCAAUGUAUGGAUAUGGAAAUUAGAAAAAUUAAUGCUAAGUUGGAACACGCAAGAUCACAAAACACGGUGCUGGCUAUCACCUUGUCUGAAACUAAAGCCCAUUGUGAUAGAUUGGCAUUAUUGUGUGGAAAAUACGAGUCGAAUGCUAUUGCCCUUAGAUUAGCUUUAGGUAUUAGUGACAGAGCUAUAGAGGCCUAUGACGUGCUUCUAGCUUUGCUCGAAACAGAGCUAUCCUUAAAGGAAAAUAAUCCAGACACAGUACAAAAUAGAACAGCUGCCGAAAUAGUGGCAAAACAGCUUCUUCACCAUUUAGAUUCAUAUCAAAGUACAGAUGUUCUGUUAUCACCUUGGCAGAAUCAUGUUUAUAAUAGUCCAACAACAGAAGAUGAUGAACCUUGGACUUCAGAACAUGAGAUGAGGUUAAGGGAGCACGUAUCAAGGCUAAAAGCAGAAAGGAGCAACAUUCAAGGGACGUAUGUGGCUUUAGAAUCAACUCAAGUCGAAAAUGUACCAGUCAGACCAUCAAGCAGUCAAGAAGCAAGAAAACUUGAUCUGGAAAUGGCUGUACUUAUGCAGGAGUUAAUGGGUCUUCGAGAAGACAAAACAGAAUUGCUGUCGAAGCUGUUUGUAUUGGAAAAAGAGAAAAGUGCGGUUGAAUUGAAACUGAAAUAUGUUGAAGGCCAACAGAAAGCACAGUCUGCAGCUUUGAAGAACCUCCAGGGCCAGUUGAAAGACACUGAAGCAUUAUUAGCUUUGGCUACUCAAAAUAAGGAACGAGGGUAUUCUGAUGCAGAGCAUGCACAAGGAGUAGAACUGGAAUUAAUGCAAGCACUAGCAAGAGAGGCAAGACUGAAAGUUAGGCUACAGGAACUUGUUGCGACUUUGGAACAGGUUACUAAAAAUGCAGAGGCCAGACUAUUAGAAGGAAGAGAAAUAGUACAAGAUCUUAAUCAUACCAAUAGUAUAUUAGCUGAUACUGUAGAUAGAAAUAAUAAAAAAUAUCAAGCAAAAUUUAAGAAAAUGGAGCAUCAAAUGUUUGUUAUGGCGGAAAAGCACUCUGCUCAGGUGCAAAACCUUCAGCAGAGAAUAGCUACAUUAGAGACGCCGCCAACUAAUAGUUCAGAGAAUUCCAUCAAUUCAGUAGCAGUAUAGUUAAAAGAAUACUUAUUUAUCUUUUUAUUUCAUUAUUUAAUCCUUAGUUGAUCUCUAUUUUCUCAUAUAAAGCAUUUAAUGCCAAUUGUUUGUAUAACAGUGUAUACCAAUAAGAUUUAAAAAGUAUUAAGAUACGAGAUAUUUAAUAUUGGAAAAAGUAUGCUACAAUGUGUCUGCCUUGCUGUGAUUAACUUAUACCCUCAAGAAGGUGGUAAAAAUAAGAUGGUAUUUUUAGGAAGAUUAUUAUAUUAAAGUGAUUAUAAUGUAACGCAUAGGCUAUUAUGUAUAUCUUUAUUUUUUAUCCUGUGUUAUUCGUUUUAAUUAAUCACGUAUUACUUAAUAAAGUUUUGUUAUAAUGA